GGUGUCUCAUUGGAGCCUAUCGUAUCUAAGUCGUUGAAGUGCUUGAUGUGUGCAGCAGAGUUUGAGACGCUUGAUGAGUAUCAUGACCAUGCAGCAGAAUGCCACCUCCCUCCACCUGCUGUUGUGAAGCCUCGAGAGCAGCGGGGGCACCUGUCGGCCCGCGCGGGGAGACCUGGGGAUGUCGCUGGUCUUGGCAGGGGGCAAAGGCGACGAGAAGAUUGACACUUUCGAGCGACAGGUCAGACGCCGAGACGGACAGCAAUAAGCACCUAAGAGCUGCGCAGGCGUGUGCGCCAACAGCAAAUCCGUGUACGUGCUCGUGAUGAAAAUGUUGCUUUCGCUUGCUCAGAGCAGACGGAACAUGGACGGGGUGCUCUUCGACGUGCUGAUUGUUCCAGCGGACCUUCCAGCGGUGCUGCAGAUGCAGGAACAGGGCGCCGCCUACAACAGCCAGCUGCAGUCCAAGGGCAAAGGCCACGGGCUGGGAGCGCCCCACGUGUACGUGUUUGGAGGGCUGCUGGAGGCGCUGCUUUUGAGGCAGCUGAGCACAGGCUGAGCACAGGCAAACAGAACUUCGACAAGCUUCAGGAGUUCAAGCAGCGCCUCGCGACGCUGGGGUACCACGAGAAGAUGGACAUCAUCCGCUUCACGAAAAUGGACAGAUGCCACGACCAGGGCAAGCGCAGGAUCACCCUCUGCGUUGGGGAGUACCGCAAGGAAUUGAUCGGGGCCUUGCAGCAGCUGGGCGCAGAGCUGAAGCCGGGGCGGGCACCAGCCAGCCACAUGGAGAGCGAGCUGCAGGAAUGGCUGGGGUUUUCUAUCGUAGAGAGUGCGGCACGACAGACUAUUUUUUCCGGACCGUCAAGCAUCGCUGACAGUUUUACCAGAUAUUGGUACUCAUUCGGCGGUGGUGGGAGAUUCGAGGACGUCGGAGAGGAGGGGUGCAGGACCUACGACAACUGAGCAGGCUCACAGUCUAGACGUGAGUGUGCAGACCUGCGAGGAAGUGGCGCCUUUGGGCACAGGGGAAGC